AUGUCCGGCGGCGUCGCUCCAACUGCGAAUCACGAGGGCGACUUCUCAAGCUGUGAGGCUGCAAUGGAGUCACCCGACGUGAGAUCUCUCGUUGAGGCCGUUGUGAUUGUCACCGGGGGCUCAAACGGCAUCGGAGCGGAGACGGUCAGACACUUCGUGUCUCACGGCUCGAAAGUGAUGAUAGCUGAUCUUGAAUCCACGGCCAAAGAUGCCGAAGUGCUCGUUGCCUCUCUGUCGCACCCCGAAAAGGCCAUCUUCCAUCCUACGAAUGUUCUAUGUUGGGAAGACAUGAAAACCUUGUUCAAGAAAACUAUUGAAUACCACGGGCGGAUAGACAUCGUCAUCGCCAACGCCGGAAUAAUGGAAACCAAGAGCGUCUUUGACCUGGGAUCGGUCGACAGCGAGGGAGAACUGCAGGAAUCAAUCGAAGGGUUCAGAGUCUUGGAUGUCAACCUCAAAGGGACACUGAAUACGUUAAGGCUGGCGAUGUACCAUAUGCAGCGAAAUCAGACUUGGUUCCACCAGACCUCUGCUGCUGCAUCUUCCCCUUCCGCUUCUCCUUCUCGAGGGUCCAUCGUCAUCGUCACUUCGACCUCUGGGUAUUUCGGCAGCAGCGGCGUCGGGGCUUACGUCGCGUCCAAGCACGGCCUGGUUGGCCUGCUCCGGUCGUCUCAGCUGGCCGCACGGGCCAUCGGCGUGAAGGUGAACGCCGUGGCGCCAUUCUACACUCCGACCCCAACCUUCUCGAAGAAGCUAUCGGGGAUGUGGGAAGCCGCAGGGCUGAAGGCGAACACGGUCGACGGCGUCGCCAACGCAAUCGUACAAACAUCUCUGGCUUCGACCAGCGGAAGAUGUGUCCUCAUCGCCGGAGGUGCUACAAAGGAGGUGGAGGCAGCCAGAACCGACCUGUUGUCGUUGUGGCUGGGUGAGAGCGUGGCUACAAUUCUCCAGACUGCCGGAAAGGUAUUCGCGGAGAAGGGCUAUCCACUGAAUUAA